UCAUUUUGUUAAGGAUGGAUCUUUACCUCCAAAUGCUAUGCAUGACAUCAUGGAGCAAUUGUCCAAAUGUGCUCUUAUAUAUCCUUCUUUCUUUUCUUUCUUUCUCUUUUUUUUUUCCUUGGACUAAAAUCAAAAUCUGCAAUCAUGCAGGCUGGAUGCACUGUCAAAACAGGAUGCCAGGUUUGGUUUGUGGUAAAGAACCUAGAUGAUAUUGGCGAAGAAGAAGGAAGAAUUAGUAGAAAGACAAGAAGAAGAUGGCUUGUAUUCUUCAAUGAAACUGAAUAUGUACCCUCUGAUUUUGUGAUCCUUUCAGCUGGAGUUUUUGGCACCACUGAGAUACUAUUCCAAUCACAAAUGAGAGGACUGAAACUUUCAGAAAGGCUUGGUUCUGGAUUUAGCUGUAAUGGGAAUACUGUUGCUUAUGUUGCUGGAAGCCCAGCACCCUUGGGUGCCUAUGGACUAGACAGUGAACAAUUGUCGAAGAUAUCUUUUCAGGAACGGCCAGGACCAGCUAUAUCUUCAUCUUACACUUCUUCUUUGGGGUUCACAAUCCAGGGUGCGGUGCUUCCAAAGGCUUUUCCAUACCUGCUAUUCAAAGGGAUCACAACAUAUGGAUGGCCACCCGGCUACUGGCUCUUACAUGGGAUUAUUGACAAGAUUAAACAUAUAUUAGGUCUAAAGUACAGCCAGGCCAUGGUACUUAAUGCAAUGGGAUACGAUGAGAGUGAUGGAAAAAUUACAAUAGAAAAGGAAACAAAUAAAAUCUGCUUUAGUCCACCUCAUGAUCCUUUACUCCCACGAAAAAUUAAGGCAUUUCAAAAGCUUACCAGGAAAUUAGGGGGAGUCCUCUUUAUGUCAAGGUACCGAAGCACGUCAGUUCAUCUCUUAGGUGGGUGCAAUGCAUCCUCGCAUCCCUCAGAUGGGGUUUGCAAUCCCAAUGGUCAGGUUUUUGAUCCAAAGUUUCCUACUUCGGUGCACUCAGGCCUCUAUGUUUGUGAUGCUUCAUUGAUUCCAUGUUCUGUUGGUGUAAAUCCUUGUCUUACAAUUGCUACAGCUGCCGAGCAUGUUAGUAAUCAUCUUGUGCAAGAUGUUCUAAAAAACAAAACCAGAAAAGGCAUAGAAUUUCUGGGUAAAACUGUGGAACGAAAGCCUAGUUUGAUUCCCCAUUGGAAGUUAGACAGCAUCAUGGAACCAACUGUUGUGAUAAAAGAAACCAUGAGAGGGUAUGUGGGGGGUAUGCCAUGCUCAGCCCACCUCAAAAUGAAGAUGAACUGUUGGAAUCAGAAUGUAUUUAAUGAGCCCUGUCAAGUUUUGGGUGAGUCUCAUCCACUUCUAAGAGGAAAAGUUGGUGGCUAUGUUGUAUUUAGAUCUGUGGAGAAGGAUAAAUUACAUGUUAUAGAUGGGGAUGUUGAUAUGUGUGGAGUAGAUUAUAGAACACCUUAUACACAGUAUAUGUGCUAUCGUCUCCUCCUUUCAGGAUCUUCUGGUUCAAGAUAUAUUCUUGAAGGUAGGAAGAUAAUGAAUCCUUAUCUCUUUGCAUUAUAUGCAUGGACGGAGUCAAUGACAAUGCAUGUGACAUUCAAAAAAGUUGCUAAGAACAGUUCAACAGAUCAAAUGAUGAUUUUAAGAGGGGAACUUUGUAUUUCAACGACAGAGCUUUUGAAGAGUUUGAUAAGCCUGGAAGGAAACAGGAAAGGAAAAUUUAUCCGUCUUUUCUUACAGAGUCUUUUCAGAACCUAUAUCACACAAGUACCACGAGGAAAUCAUGGGGACUUCCCCAUGUCUCAUCUUUACCGGAGACCUUAUCCAGACAGUACACUUCAUGAUAUAAAAACAGGAGAUGGAUUCAUCAUCAGUUGCAGACAAUGGAAGUGUGGUCAAAAUCCAUGGGUGCCUGAAGAAGAAAGGAAACGAAAUCCAGUUCUCCUUGUUAAUGGACAUUCUACUGAGAGUUACUAUCUACCAACAGAACCUAAUGAUUUGAUUAGAACUUUACUAGAAGAAGGGCACGAAACGUGGCUACUGCAAACAAGAUUACACCCAUUAAAUCCUUCAAACAACUUCACGAUUGAAGAUAUUGGAAGAUUUGAUAUCCCUGCUGCUAUUGGUAAGAUCCUUGAGUUACACGGGCUGUCUGCGAAGAUACAUUUAGUUGCUCAUUGUGUUGGAGGCUUAGCCAUUCACAUUGCUCUAAUGGGCGGCCAUGUAACUGCAAACCAUUUAGCUUCCCUAUCUUGCACCAACUCCUCAAUGUUCUUCAAGAUUACUGUUUCAUCUAGAGUGAAAAUGUGUCUUCCUCUCAUCCCUAUAUCAAUGCUGAUACUGGGCAAGAACAAAAUCCUACCUAUCUUCAAAACAAUGAAGGCCACUCCAAGGCAACAGCUCCUGAAAUCCAUUGCCCAGUUUAUCCCACGGUGUGAGAGAUGUACUUGCGAUGAAUGUGAGGUCUUUUCUGGAAUAUUUGGAAAUACAUUCUGGCAUGAAAAUGUAAGCCCCAGCAUGCACCACUGGUUAAACAAAGUAAAUUUACCAAGGCUUCCCAUGGCAGCUUUUCCUCACCUCAGAAAAAUCUGCAACAAUGGUUUUAUCGUGGACAGCAAUGGAAAAAACUCAUAUUUGACACAUCCUGAGAGAAUGGCGCUCCCAACGCUUUAUAUUUCUGGCGGAAAGAGCCUGCUUGUGACUCCUCAGACCUCUUUUCUUGCUAACAAGUACAUGAUGUUGCACCAGCCUGGUUUUAGACAUGAAAGGGUUGUUGUGGAAGGCUUUGGACAUUCAGACCUAUUGAUUGGAGAAGAGUCUUACAAGAAAGUCUUUCCUCACAUUUUAUCUCAUUUGAGAUUAGCUGAAGAUGGAAGAAGAAAUGGUGGAGUCAGUGCUGAAGGUCUGAAGUGCAGUAAAGAGGCUUUGGAUUGGGGUGAUGAUCCAUCAUAUGAGGCUGGAUGUGAGGGGUUUUGGACUUGGGUUUCUCCUUCAGUUAAUGUUUGGUUGUUUCUGGCCUUGACAGUAUUGCUACUUUCAUUUUAUAUAUAAUUUUCGUAGGUUGAUAAAGAAAACCGAGGCAAAAACAAAAAGAAAUAAAUUUUCAAUCAUUGGUAGAGAGAAAAGGAAUAAACAAAACUCCUGCCAUACUAAGCCAAUUAUUUGAAUCCAGCAGAGUUGAGAGGAGGUCUUUGUGUGCUUGGAUUGGUUUCUUCUUCAAACAUUCUGUCUUGAAACAAGAAGAAUCGAACAAAAAACAGUAACAAGUGACACUAUCAAUAAAUAAAUUGAACACAGUUUCUAAUGCUAACAUCUAAAAGGACAACAAGAAUUAGGACUGUUGUAUCUCCAUAGGUGUAUAUUGAGUUUUUUGGGGUCAUGUAUUGUAUGUUGAAUGGAUGAUGACAUUUGUUUUUAAGAGAAGGAGAAAUUAUUCGUGUUC